AUAAGACCGGAUAUGGCCUCAGUCUUCAAGGAGCUUAGUCCUGUAGGAGCUAUGGACAUGACAUUAGGAGACUGUGGUACUAAUGCUGGCUACGGAGAAUGCAGGCCACUGUGGGAGCGAUGGAGGACACCUCACACAAGCUGGCCGACUCAGAGGAGGUUUCUUCUGCGGAGGUACGCAUUGGGCCCAUGAGACUGACACAGGAUCCUAUUCAGGUUUUGCUGAUCUUUGCAAAGGAAGAUAAUCAGAGUGAUGGAUUCUGGUGGGCUUGUGACAGAGCUGGUUAUAGAUGCAAUAUCGCUCGAACUCCGGAGUCAGCCCUUGAAUGCUUUCUAGAUAAACAUCAUGAAAUUAUUGUAAUUGAUCACAGACAAACUCGAAAUUUUGAUGCAGAAGCAGUGUGCAGGUCUAUCCGGGCCACAAAUCCCUCUGAGCACACGGUGAUCCUCGCAGUGGUUUCACAAGCAUUGGGUGACCAUGAAGAGGCCUCAGUUCUCCCUCUUCUGCAUGCAGGCUUCAACAGGAGAUUUAUGGAGAAUAGCAGCAUAAUUGCUUGCUAUAAUGAACUGAUUCAAAUAGAACAUGGAGAAGUUCGCUCGCAGUUCAAAUUACGGGCCUGUAAUUCAGUGUUUACAGCAUUAGACCACUGUCAUGAAGCCAUAGAAAUAACCAGCGAUGACCAUGUGAUUCAGUAUGUCAACCCAGCUUUCGAAAGGAUGAUGGGCUAUCACAAAGGUGAACUCCUGGGGAAAGAACUCGCAGAGCUGCCUAAAAGCGAUAAGAACCGGGCAGACCUCCUUGACACCAUUAACACGUGCAUCAAGAAGGGCAAGGAGUGGCAGGGGGUUUACUAUGCCAGACGGAAAUCCGGGGACAGCAUUCAGCAGCAUGUGAAGAUCACCCCAGUGAUCGGCCAAGGAGGGAAAAUUAGGCAUUUUGUCUCCCUCAAGAAACUGUGUUGUACCACUGACCAUAAUAAGCAGAUUCACAAGGUUCAUCGUGAUUCAGGAGACAAUUCUCAGACAGAGUCUCAUUCAUUCAGAUACAAGAACAGGAGGAAAGAGUCCAUUGAUGUGAAAUCGAUAUCAUCUCGAGGCAGUGAUGCACCGAGCCUACAGAAUCGUCGCUAUCCAUCCAUGGCAAGGAUCCACUCCAUGACCAUCGAGGCUCCCAUCACAAAGGUUAUAAAUAUAAUCAAUGCAGCCCAAGAAAACAGCCCCGUCACAGUAGCAGAAGCCUUGGACAGAGUUUUAGAAAUUUUACGGACCACGGAACUGUACUCCCCUCAGUUGGGUACCAAAGAUGAAGAUCCUCACACCAGUGAUCUUGUUGGAGGCCUGAUGACUGAUGGCUUGAGAAGGUUGUCAGGAAAUGAGUAUGUGUUCACUAAGAAUGUGCACCAGAGUCACAGUCACCUUGCAAUGCCAAUAACCAUCAAUGAUGUCCCCCCUUGUAUUGCUCAAUUACUUGAUAAUGAGGAAAGUUGGGAGUUCAACAUCUUUGAACUGGAAGCUGUUACACAUAAAAGGCCACUGGUCUAUCUGGGCUUAAAGGUCUUUUCCCGGUUUGGAGUAUGUGAAUUUUUACGCUGUUCUGAAACUACUCUUCGGGCCUGGCUCCAAGUGAUCGAAGCCAACUACCAUUCCUCCAAUGCCUACCACAACUCCACCCAUGCUGCUGACGUCUUGCAUGCCACUGCCUUCUUCCUGGGGAAGGAAAGAGUCCAGGGAAGCCUCGAUCAGCUGGAUGAGGUGGCAGCAUUGAUUGCUGCCACGGUCCAUGACGUGGACCACCCGGGAAGGACCAACUCUUUCCUGUGCAAUGCGGGCAGUGAACUUGCUGUGCUUUAUAAUGACACCGCUGUCUUGGAGAGUCACCACACAGCCCUGGCCUUCCAGCUGACGGUCAAGGACAGCAAGUGCAACAUUUUCAAGAAUAUUGACAGGAACCAUUAUCGAACACUGCGCCAGGCUAUUAUUGACAUGGUUUUAGCAACGGAGAUGACAAAACACUUUGAACAUGUGAACAAAUUUGUGAACAGCAUCAACAAGCCAAUGGCAGCUGAGAUUGAGGGCAGUGACUGUGAAUGCAACCCUGUUGGGAAGAACUUUCCCGAAAACCAAACUCUGAUCAAGCGCAUGAUGAUUAAGUGUGCUGACGUGGCCAACCCGUGCCGCCCCCUGGACCUGUGCAUCGAAUGGGCUGGGAGGAUCUCUGAGGAGUACUUUGCACAGACUGAUGAAGAGAAGAGACAGGGGCUACCAGUGGUGAUGCCAGUGUUUGACCGGAAUACCUGUAGCAUCCCCAAGUCCCAAAUCUCCUUCAUUGACUACUUCAUAACAGACAUGUUUGAUGCCUGGGAUGCCUUUGCACAUCUGCCAGCCCUGAUGCAACAUUUGGCCGAUAACUACAAACACUGGAAGACAUUAGAUGACCUGAAGUGCAAAAGUCUGAGGCUUCCAUCUGACAACUGAAGCCAAGACAGAGAAGGGAACCUCCUGCCUACAAAGGGCAUGGUGACUCACAUUAGUGUAAAGAAGAGGCUUUCCUUUAUAAUGAAAAUGACAGGUAUAGGUUAAGUAGGUAAUGUUUACUAUUUGACCUUGAAUCAUUUAAGUCCCCAAAUUUCAUUUUUAGUAAGUCAUGUUCCAUGAAGAAAAAUAUAUGUUCUUUUGUACAAUCACUUAGUGACAAAUACAUGGCAAAAUCCUUUGCCCUGCUGUCAUCCUCUAUGACCUCAUCAACCACGGAGCUGAAUGACUAUAACAGGACACAAGCAUCAAAGACGUGGUGCUUCUUAGCCCAUCUCCCUGGAUGAUGACCAAGUAGUUUAGCUAGUAUUCAGCUCAACUCACCAUAAAAGUUACCAUCUCUGUUUAGCUUAACUACUCUCCUCAAGAACAUCAGUCUGAAGGAUUCAUAAGAAAAAAAAAAAAAAACAAAACUAUAUAAAAUGAGCAAAACAACUAGGACCAAAUUAUUGAUAAACUGGUUAGCUUCACAGCCUCCAUGGCUAGGUGGUUCUUCUGAUCAAUGGUGUGACACUCAAGUUAGAACAUAGCCUUGGCCUGGUGAGUGCCUUCUCUAGACUGGUAGCAGCAGCCUGUGUAGCCCUCUUUCCUAUAAAAGGCAUUCAUCUUAACAGAAAGCCAUCCAUGAUGGGAAGGGAGUGACAUUUUAUUUUGGGGGACUCCAUGAGCUUCCCUUAUUUCUAGUUAACAGAGGCAGUCACAGGCACUAUAUAGUAUUAUAUACAAAAGCCAUUAAAUCUGAAUGCCCUUAGACAAGCUUUUUUUAAAAAAAAAUUUAUAUACAUUUGCUGUUUAAAAUUUUUAUUAAAUCUAAAUUUUCUGGGUAUAAGUCAGUGAAGUAUGUUGUACCAUGUACCAUCUAUACAUAUAUAUUUGGGGAGGGUAUAGGGGAAGUUUCAAGGUUCAGAUGUUUUUAACCUAUCUAUAUUUGAGAUCAUGCUGUUUUCCUUUAAUGAUGUACAAAAAGACUGCAAGGUGUGUAAAUAUAUCAGAUAAUAGACAUGGGGAAGUAGUAAAUACUAUUAAUUGUAUGCUAAAAGCUUCUAAAGCACAAAUGCAUAUUUUUAUACGGGCUGUUUUCACAACUUUGUGAUCUACAUGAAGUCAUAUUUUCCUUUCUCUUUUACCAGCCAACCCUUCUCUAUGUAUUAUAAAUAUUAGAAACUCAGUAAACGAAGUAUCUUCAUUUUUCUUUGAAAUUCUCUGUACUCCAUGCUGCAUUUUAAAGAAGUAUAAACAGGCUCAAUUAACUGAAUCAGUAGUUACUUUUUUCAAAUGAAAAUUGGAAUGCAGAACACUUGGAACUAGUACAUGGGAAAAUAUAUAUAUCACUACAUAACGUGCCAAUGUUCUUUUUCUAUGUUUUGUACCAAAAAAAAAUAAUAAUAAUUCCAUGCAAAGAAAUGUAUCUAAAUUAUUUUUGUUAGAUGAUAAGAGAACUAGCUUGGUCAGGACAGCGGCUAGCUUUGUAUUGUGAUGCUGCAUUAUGUAAAUGUGAUGAAAAUGUUUUUGUGAAGUACUUGUAACUAAAUUCCUACAACCAUU